UAGAUUUCUUCCAUUCUGCGGCUUUACAACGAAGAGCCGACCUGAACAUCUAGAAAUGUAGACCCAGGAAGCCGCAACAAGAGCUCUUCGUGUCCGCUGCUCAUUCAUCGUCUUAUUUACAUGAAUGAGUCCCGUCGGUUCGUGUCCACUGCGGACGGUGGAAAUGUGGACGCCGAAGACAGACACGGACCGGCCGAGCUUCUGCCAUCGCUACCGGCGGUGAGGAUGAUAAUGAUGGUGCGGUCGUGUUAUUUUCUCUGACUCUGAAACGUCACAUCCCAAACAAACAGACAAAUACGAGACGAGCGUCGUUAAACUUUCAAAAAUGAGGAUCUUCAUGUGUCUGCUGAAAAACACUAACCACCCCAAAAUCGAGUAUUACUCCCGAUUUUCACCGUCUCCGCUCUCCAUCAAGCAGUUCCUGGAUUUUGGCAGGGAGAAUGCCUGUGAGAAGACAUCCUACAUGUUCCUGCGUAAGGAGCUGCCGGUACGGCUGGCCAACACCAUGAGAGAGGUCAACCUGCUGCCCGACAAGCUGCUCAGCCAGCCGUCUGUCAAACUGGUCCAGAAGUGGUACAUGCAGAGCUUCGUGGAGCUGCUGGAUUUCGAGAACAGGAAGGCAGAGGACCCUCACGCUCUGAAUGACUUCCUGGAAAUCUUGAUUGACAUCCGAAACCGCCACAACGACGUCGUGCCCACCAUGGCUCAGGGCGUCAUCGAGUACAAGGAGAAGUUUGGCUUCGACCCCUUCAUCAGCAGCAACAUCCAGUAUUUUCUCGACCGCUUUUACACCAACCGCAUCUCUUUCCGCAUGCUCAUCAACCAGCACACUCUGCUGUUCGGUAACGACACCAACCCCGCCCAUCCCAAACACAUCGGCAGCAUUGAUCCCAGCUGCAGUGUGGCUGAAGUUGUUAGUGAUGCCUACGACACUGCCAAGAUGUUGUGUGAGAAGUACUACUUAGCUGCUCCCGAGCUCAAGAUUGAGGAGUUCAACAUGAAGGCUCCGAAGAAGCCCAUCCAGGUGGUGUACGUGCCCUCGCAUCUGUUCCACAUGUUGUUUGAGCUCUUCAAGAACUCCAUGAGAGCGACGGUGGAGCUCCAUGAAAACAGCAAGGAGGGGUUGCCGCCUGUGAAGGCGAGAGUCACUCUGGGUAAAGAGGAUCUGUCGAUAAAGAUCAGCGACAAAGGAGGAGGAGUUCCUCUGAGGAAGAUUGACCGUCUCUUUAACUACAUGUACUCCACUGCCCCGACGCCCAGCCUGGAGCCGGGAGCCGUCCCAUUGGCCGGUUUUGGUUACGGUUUGCCGAUUUCCCGGCUCUACGCUCGAUACUUCCAGGGCGACCUGAAGCUCUACUCCAUGGAGGGAGUGGGCACGGAUGCCGUCAUCUAUCUGAAGGCCCUGUCCAGCGAGUCCUUUGAACGCCUGCCUGUGUUCAACAAGUCAGCUUGGCGGCACUACAAGACCAGCCCCGAGGCGGAUGACUGGAGCAACCCCAGCAAAGAGCCGCGUGACGCCAGCAAGUCCAUAUACAAAGCCAACAGAUAACUCUGCAUGGCCUGCCAGCGUAAAGCGGCUGCUCUCUGUGCGGAGCGUGCUCGCUGAAAUGUUGUUCUGUGGGUAAAAAGCUUCGUUUAGGAUGAGACUUGCUUCCACGUUGCACUGGCGAUAGGUUUGUUGGGGUGUUGUGACCCGGAUUUACAUUUUCACCCAAUUGCAAUAACCUCCUUUAGCGUAGCUUUUGUUGUUUUGUGGCUCAGAACAGAGUGAAAAAUGACCAUCCUCGGUAUUGUAGCUGCAACGUAUCUAACCCCAAUUGUAGAUUCUGUCAAUUUCAUUGUUGAAGUUAAAUUGGCUGCAACACUCCCGUCUUUAACCUCUUGUCUCGUGCCGCUUUCUGACCAAGCUGAUCCUCCCUCUGGGCAGAUGAAGCCCGACUCUGCUGAUUGAGUCUCUGUCUCGGCUUCGGUAAAGACUUAUUCUGUUUCUUUCUCUCAAAACACAGUGCAAUGUUUCAGUGCAAACGAGAAGACGAGGAGGUUUUUAUUUAUGGUUUUUCUUUGUGAAACACUUUUGAUUAAAUGCGCCAGUAGGCUAGUUUGUUAUUAUAGUGGCAAAUACUUGUUUGGAUUGCACUUUUUAAGAUUUUUAGUCAGGGUUAAUUGUUAAAAACAGAUAUUUAUAAAUUAGAAGCUAGAUGCACCUUUUUGAAAAAAGAAAACAGAACAGGUAAUGCUUCAAAGACAUUACAUGUAAAGCUAUAGAAGUCAUAACCUUUUUUUUGUUAUAUUUAUGAAAGAAAGCCUUAUUUUUGGGAACUUAUAUGUUUUGUUUUCUUUUAGAACCAUGCCUUCAUGGUUCACGGUGUACUGAACUCUGAACAAUUUUAAAGGGAGGCAAUAUAAAUGAAAGUAGUCUAAAAUAUUUUUUGUUUACAUUUUACUUACUUAGCUUCAUUGUCCAACAUUACCCAGCCACAAACCAGUACUUAAAAAUUAAUAACGCUCAUCAGACACUACUGCUUGCAACCCCGAUUAACAACUUCUAAAAGGACCAAACUAGUCAUGUAUGCAUGAGACACACCGCUGUCCCAGCAUUUGUGCGCCGAGUAGCUUUCCCGACACCAGCGAUAUGUAACGUACCGAUGUUCAUAGGAACGAAUGGACCUGUAGCACCUGAACAACGGACUGCCGUUCUGCUUGUCAUCAUUUCACGCUGCUAUGAAGGAUAAACAACAUGCUCACUGCUUUGUGCGCUUUCGGCAUCAUCUGGUCGGCCUCGUGUCUCACUUGAAUUCCUGCUGAUCCCUGCGGUCUUCUGAAUGAGUUUGAACAAAGUUUGUAGAUGCACUUUUGCGUUUUCUUAUGCUGAGUUAGUUAAAGUGAACUAGAUGUUGCAGUUGUUGAUUAUUUUUUUUAUAUAUAUAUUUUAGUGACAAUUUGAACAUCUAGUUUAUUUUCUGUUGUUUUAAAAAUAAGAAGCUGUUAUUUAAAAAAAAGGGGGAAAAAAUAAGGUCACACGGCACACAAAGAUGAGCGUUUGGAGAGACUGCAAGAGGAAAAUAUGUUCAAAGAGAAGACUUUCGAUUGUGAAAUAUCUCAGAGCGCAAAUUAAAAUCUAUUAGGUUGUCCCGUUUUAUUUCACUGAGGAGCUUCUUAGAAGUUUAUUAAGUCUGUUAUAUUUAUGCUUUAGAGUGCAGUAACUUCAAACGUCAUUCAGAGUCAAAAGACUGCAUUUCCACAUCGACCAAGUCUUUAACUUCUGUGCUGAGUGGAUAAUUCAGUUGUUUUUUCAAGCGAUGUUCUGUUAGACUGUUAUACACGGUUAAUAUCUUUCCUGCAGUAGGUAACUCUCUUGGUGUCUGUAUUUAGCAUAAAUCCUGAUUAUUAUCCAGGCUGAAGCCAACAACUAGUUUGGGAAUAUAUCUGCCUUCGUAAAACAAUAUAAGUUGCAUGACACGUUAUCGUUAUGUAAAUCAUUGUCAUUUUAUCAACCUUUACACCACUGUGAUGUUUCCAUUCGGUGUUUAUGAAUGCAGAAAUGAACAUUUUCACAGGAAAUUUAGGUUGGAGGCGCGCAUCACCAGUUCUGUUCCCACGGGAAAUGUGCUGAGAACAGAGCAUACAAAUCAGAGUAUCUGUUUACUAUCAAAGUAAAGCAGUAUAAAAAUAAUGGCAAUAAUAAAACAUCCACUUUUUCUUACACAGUGAGCCACAGGUUCCCUCAAAUAGCUACAAUUCAUGAAUAUUUGAAACAUCUUUGAAAAUGCUUUUGACUGCCUGUUUUAAUAGUUCAGACAUCAAAUGAUAGUGUGGAUUGAUUCAAACAGUGGAAACAAUCUUAGCACUACUGCAGAAGCUAACAUCAAUGGGCUUUCUUAUUUUUGCUCUCUGGGGGUAAAAACCAAUCAACACCAAGAAAAAGGAAAGCCUCUCCAGGAUUGGUUGCUUUCCAAACUAUUCUCAAAAGUACCACGGAAAAAUCAGCAAAUCUUGAACAUAACGUUGCAUAUCUAUAAAUGCUUUACGUGUUCCCCUCUCACUCAGAGUGCGUUCACACAGAAUCUCACUGGUUAUGCACAACCUCAAUUUCCAGUGUUUAAAAAAAAUUAACUGUUAUGCAAAUCACAAAAAAUAUCGUUUGCAUUUUAGAGAUCGAAGUUCCUUUGAGACCCCCUUUGGAACCGCCACCUGUCGUAGUGCCGCCAGGUUCAACCUCUGGGACAAAGUCAGUCUGUCUUUAUACAAAAAAACAAAGACGCCAAGAGAGAGUCUUACUGAGCUUAAGAUUUUACCUCUGCAUAACCUCUUUACAGAACAUAAGUUCAACAGUUCUGAACUAACCAUUUGAAAAGAGGAUUGUGGGAAAUUUCAUCAGUCUGAAGUAGUUUCCUUCUUUCAUCUCCUUUAGCGUCACCUGAAGUAAAAUAAAAGAAGAAUGCGGUGUUGGGAAAACCUUCCACAUCCUGUAAGAUGCUCCGCAUUUCACCACUGCCAAUGCCUUUGAAACCUGCCAGUGAAACCGAGGGACGCUUAGUCACACACCUGCUGUACAAAAAGAAAAAAAAAAAAGUGCUAUGUUAUCGAGUAGCAGUAAUUGUGCGGGUAAAUGUUUGGUCUCCCUUUUUUUUUGUUUAGAUCGGUCCUAAAAAUGUACUUUUUGACUUUAAACAAGACGCCGCAACACGGGAGAUCCUCCAUUUUCACGCUCAGUUGUUGUGAACCUCUGCUGUCAUCAAAAACAUCUACUUGAUCUGUUUCAAAGAAUAUGAUACAUAUAUAUAUAGCAGAUAAACCUAACGCGUAAGCUGUACAUAGAGUGUGUGGAUUGAUCACUGUGUUUUUCAUCCUCCUGUACAAAUCGCUUAAAUGAUAUAUUUGUAUGCAAGAUAGACCAAUAAUGCCACAUUCACCUGGAAGUAACAGAGUAGACUCGUCUUGUCAGUCUGCAUGAGAUCAGCAGUAGAAACUAUCAAACCUGACAAUAAAGAAAACUCUUGUGUGGUC